GUAAAGCGUAUGAUUGAUGUUGCUUUUGCUUCUGAUCGUACGUUCGGACAGUAGGUCGGGGUUUCGGAGAUCACCGGUUUCACUUUGUCAUUUGCGUGCACCGACUUCAUUUUCCAUGUAGCUUUGACUUAUGGCGCGGUUUAGAAAAAAUUCAGAGCAGUCGCCGGAAUCUAGAACAGUAUCUCCUUGCGGCAGGAGAGCUGUUCCAAAAAAUGCACGAGAUCCAGAUAUCGGUGAACGGUGUGAUGAGGGCCCAAAGAAGUCCUCUCCGCUUGUCCCCGACAAUGUAAACAUGCAUUCCCUGCAGAAGAACCAGUACUGGCUGAUAAGGAUUGUAUUUUUACGUUCUCUUGGGUUUGUUUAUGCUGUCGCAUUUCUUGUUGCCCUGAAUCAAAACAAAUAUUUAGUUGGCAAACAUGGACUUCUUCCAGCUUACCAAUACAUGGAAAGGAUUAAGGUCAUCUACAAGGGCUUACACAGCGAGACAUUGCUACGUGUUCCAACAAUAAUGUGGUUAUAUGAAUAUGUCGACACUGACACUCUGCUGGACUGCAUAGCAUCUGUGGGCACUGUCCUGGCAAUAGGCAUCACAGUGACAGGAGCAGCAAAUGCAGUCUCUCUAGUUCUCCUCUGGGUGUUAUACCACUCUCUUGUAAACAUUGGACAGCUAUGGUACUCAUUCGGUUGGGAGUCCCAGCUACUUGAAACUGGCUUCUUGGCUAUCUUCUUCUGUCCAAUCUGGACUUGGAAGCAGCUGCCACGUGACACACCCCCUUCUCUCGUCGUCGUGUGGGGGUACCGCUGGCUCCUCUUCCGCAUCAUGUUGGGUGCUGGCUUGAUCAAGGUUAGAGGUGACAGAUGCUGGUGGGAGCUGACAUGCAUGGUAUACCACUACGAGACACAACCAGUGCCUAAUCCGCUUAGUUACUACCUACACCAAACCCCACCUUUGGUGCACAAGUUGGAAGUCCUUGGGAAUCACAUCAUUGAGCUGAUUGUGCCGUGGUUCGUGUUCCUGACGAGACCAUUCAGGAUAGCUUGUGGAAUAAUUCAGAUAUCAUUUCAGGUGAUCCUGAUUAUGAGUGGAAACCUGAGCUUUCUCAACUGGCUGACAAUCUUGCCAUCGAUCCCCUGCUUUGAUGAUGCUAUGCUGAAAUGGAUGUUUAGCAAGAAGACUUCAAACCAAGUGGCAUUGCUGGCAAAGGAAGCAGGGGAAGGAAAAGUGAAGCAUAGCAAAGGAAGGAAGGCUACGAAUAUGGCCCUCGCACUGUGCCUAUGUUUUCUAAGCAUACCAGUUGUGAUCAACCUUGUCUCACCAAACCAGCAGAUGAACACAUCCUUUGAGCCCCUACGUUUGGUUAACACCUACGGAGCAUUUGGAAGCAUUACAAAAUCCAGAAAAGAGGUUAUAAUUCAAGGGACGCGCAGCCUCGAUCCACACAACAGUAGUGCUGUGUGGGAAGAAUAUGAAUUCUUCUGCAAGCCUGGCAACGUCUUCAGACGACCCUGUGUCAUUAGCCCAUAUCACUACAGGCUAGACUGGCUGAUGUGGUUUGCUGGCUUUCAGGACUAUCAGAGCCACCCAUGGCUCUUCCACCUUGCUGCAAAACUGCUAGUCAAUGACAAAAAUGUUUCCAAAAUCAUGUUGAAGAAUCCUUUUAUGAACAGAGAACCACCAAGGUACAUUAGAGCUGAGCACUAUCGCUAUCGGUAUGCUCCAGUUGGCAGCUCCCAAGCGAAAGCUGGUCAGUGGUGGAUACGCUCCCGUGUUGGCUCCUACAUGUACCCAGUUUCGCUUUCCAGUUUGAAGCCACUUUUGAAGAAUUUUGGUUGGGAAAUACCAUCUAUGUGAAGUGAACCCUGUACUACUGAUGAAUGAUACUUUGUGUCUCCAAGUGUCCGAGAAUGAACAGUGAGAUUUAUCACCCAUAUCCCUUUCUUUUUGUAGCUCGUGUGUUGAAUCAGUGGCAUUAAAAAGUUCUUUGCUGCCUUUCA